CGCGCGUCCCCGCUCCGCCCCGGCCUCCCCCGGGUGCCCGACCCUCCGCAGCCGCAUCUCGGCUCCUCCCGGCGAUGGGGCGAGCGGUGCCGCGGCUGUGGGGAGGGCCAGGAGGCUCCGGCGCAGGGCGGUUCGGCCCAGCCCCGAGCUGGAGCCGGAUAAAGUGUGCCGGAGGCAGCCACCUGUGUCCCUGCAAGUGAAGUUUCCCUCCGGCUCUGCUCUGUCUCCCGGUGCUGUUGCAUUCUGGACAGGCGGAACAGCGCCCCGAAACCUUGAGGGGAGAAGGGGGAAGGGAAUAAUCCAGGCAGGUCCGCUGAGGUCGAUGCUCAGUUUUUCACAAUGGCGCUUCACCCGUAGCCGGGCAUCGUGUGGUUACUGUGAUGCGUGGUUUGGGCAGGGGCAAGGAGGGGUUUGGGCGUAAAGCAUAAAGUCUGUUGUCCUGUCAGGAGUUUGUUGAGCUGUCAACAGCGCAGGGACCAAGGUGCUGUUGGUGCCUUGCGUGGCCCCUCGCCAGCAGCUGGGUCCCCCCACAGGUGCCUCCAUGCUCUGAAGGUGGGCUGGAGGGUGUGCUGGGCGAAGGAAGAGGAGGAGGAUGAGCAGAGACACAUGGCCUUCCUCUCCCAUGACAUCAGCAUGCUGCGUCUCUUCGAGACCUUCCUGGAGAACACCCCGCAGCUCACCCUGCUCCUCUACAUUAUCCUGCGGACAAACAAGGCUGAGCUCUCCCAGGGCCUGGGGAUGGGCACCGCGUUCCUGUGUGUGUCCUGGUCUCUGCUGGACUACCACCAGUCCCUGCGCUCCUUCCUGCAGGACAAGUACGAGCUGAGCCUGGGCUCUUCUGUCGUCUACUUCCUGUGGAACCUCUUUCUCAUCUGCCCCCGCAUCCUGGCGGUCGCCCUCUUCGCCCUGCUCUGGCCCUACGGUGUGGCUGUCCACUUCCCACUUGUGUGGCUGGCCAUGUUCCUCUGGGUCAGCCUGCAGGGCACAGACUUCAUGGAAUCACCCGGCCCCGAGCAGCUUUACCGGGCCGUGGUGGCUGUGAUCCUCUACUUCAGCUGGUUCAAUGUGGCACAGGGGAGGACGCUGCACCGCAGCAUCAUCUACCACACCUUCAUCCUGGUGGACAGCUCGCUGCUGGCCCUGGCCUGGCUCUGGGGCCGGGCUCCCUCCGAGGAGCACUCAUACCUCCUCCCAGUGGUCUCUGCUGCCCUGCCCUGCUACCUGCUGGGGCUGGGGCUGAGGGUCACCUACUACAAGUGGCUGCACCCCAACGUGCAGGUGCAGCAGGAGGGCAGAUAUGACGAGGUGGAUGCCAGUGGAGGGAGUGAUGGGGUGAAGUUUCGCUCGUUUUUGGAACCAGACCUUGUGAACAGGAGGAUGCAGUGGCUGGCCCAGACCCAUUUCUCCUUGUCCCAGCCAGCACAGCAGCACUUCCUGAAUGGGACUGCGGAGUCUGCUAUCUGAGGGCAGGUCCUCUAAAGGGACAUGAGGGGGAAGUAGACUUGUUAGUUGUGCCCCUGGUUGUGCCCCUCAGGCUGCUGUUUUGGACAGCUGGAGGCGUCUGGCAGAAACCAGGGGUGAUGUGGAAACACCUGAUGAGUCCCAGGGCACACAGCAUGGGCUCCCAUGGCUGGACCCUCAAGGAAAACCAGUGUUUGUGAUGAGUCCAGCACAAUGUAGCAUAUACCUGCUCUGCUGUGUUAGGUUUUCUUGUUAUUUAUUACUAGGGUUUUUUUUAAAAAAUAAAAUAAAGAGCACUGGUUUAUUUUC